AUGAAUGUUGAGUACCUAGUGGAUACAUUUGUCAGGGAAAGUCUACAUAUGGAAACAACUGGUAAAGAAACAACUGACAAUCCAGGUACACCUAGAAGAUGUGAGACAGAUUCUUCAGUCCAAUCUUCAUCUGUCUCAGGGAGAGAUUCAUGCAAAGGGAACAAAAGACAGAGAUAUGGAGUCCUCAGCAGUGAUUCCUUUUCCUCUUCUGAUGAUGACGAGGACUUUGAAAUACAGAAGAAGAAGAAAAAUUUAAGGAGCUUUCAGAAGUGUGCCUCAGCAGGAGUUGACAAGGACACCGUGAAAACUGGAGGAAGUCUGGCUGACAUGGAGCAAAUGCAAAUAGAUGGUUCAGUGCAGUUUGAUGGCGUGGGUGGUCUUUCUGACCACAUUUCAUCUUUAAAAGAGAUGGUCAUUUUUCCAUUGCUUUAUCCUGAAAUCUUUGAGAGAUUGAAAAUUGAACCUCCAAGAGGCUGUCUAUUCUAUGGUCCACCAGGGACGGGAAAGACACUCCUUGCUCGUGCACUUGCUAAUGAAUGCAGUCAAGGUGACAUGAGAGUGACCUUUUUUAUGAGAAAAGGUGCUGAGUGUCUGAGUAAAUGGAUAGGAGAAUCUGAACGACAGCUUCGUACAUUAUUUGAGGAGGCCUACCAGAUGCGACCUUCAAUUAUUUUCUUUGACGAGAUUGAUGCUCUGGCUCCUGUACGGUCCAAUAAACAAGACCAAAUUCAUAGCUCUAUUGUGGGGACGCUUCUGGCACUUAUGGAUGGCUUAGCCAGCAGAGGAGAGGUUGUCGUGAUAGGAGCCACCAACAGACUGGAUUCUAUAGAUCCUGCUUUGCGAAGACCUGGGCGUUUUGAACGAGAAUUCCACUUCAGUUUGCCAAACAAAGAGGCAAGAAAAGAAAUUUUCAAAAUUCACACACGAGACUGGAAGCCGAAGCCAUCGGACCACUUACUUGAAGAGCUGGCUGAAGAAUGUGUUGGAUACUGUGGUGCUGAUAUUAAAGCCUUAUGUGCCGAAACUGGUCUCUGUGCUUUGCGGCAUCGUUAUCCUCAGCUAUAUGAAAGCAGACAGAGACUGCAGAUAAACAUGGAUUCAAUUAAAAUAAAAGCAAAUGAUUUUUCCAUGGCCAUGCAGAAGACUGUUCCAGCUUCACGGAGGGCUGUGCCUUCCCCUGGGCAAGCACUAUCAGCUGUUUCAAAGCCACUGUUAGAAGACACACUGGAAAGGAUUUUACAAACCUUGCAGAGAGUAUUUCCCCAUGCUGAGCUUGCACUAAAGAAGGACCAACAGCAAGGAAAUUAUGUGGUUGAUAGUGAUGAGGAAUCACCACCAAUCUCUGAAGAGAAGCAGACUCAUAAAACGUGUGAUCACAAGAAAGCAGAAUUCCUCACUUUCAGCAGAAAUCCUCGUGACCAACCAACAUCUUACAGGCCACGCUUCUUACUAAUUGAAGAGCCAGGAUCUGGGCAAGCUUCUGAUUUGGCAGCUGCAGUAAUACAUUCCUUGGAGAAGUUUCCAAUUUAUACACUAGAUACACCAACUUUGUUUGCUAGCACAUUACCAGAUGAAACAUGUGUACAGCUGAUGCGAGAAGCUCAGAGAUCAGCACCAAGUAUCAUAUAUGUGCCACAAAUCCCUUCAUGGUGGGACACUAUUGGAACUACACUGAGAUCUGUUUUUACAACACUACUGCAGAACAUCCCAAGGUUUACUCCAGUUUUAUUCCUGGCAACAUCUAAUGUACAACUGAGAGAUCUCCCAGAAGAGAUAAAAGCAUUAUUUAAUAAUGAAUAUGAAGAAGUUUUCAGAAUCCCACGUCCGACCUGUGCUGAGAGAAGACGUUUUUUUGAGGACUUAGUUAUGAAGCAAGCUGCUCAACCUCCUGCAUUGAAAACCAAAACAACUUGCCAGCCUUUGGAAGUGCUGCCUGUAGCACCACCACCUAAGCCUCGAAGGCUGACAGAGGAAGAAAUAAGACAGUUGGAAGAGCAGGAAGAGGAUACGUUGCGUGAACUCAGGAUUUACUUAAGAGAUGUGGCUCAAAGACUUGUCAUUGACAAACGUUUCAAAGUGUUUACAAAGCCCAUUGUCUCAGAGGAGGCACCCAAUUACAAGGACAGCAUUAAACAGCCCAUGGACCUCUUGACAGUUCUCUCCAAGAUUGACAUGCACCAAUACUUAACUGCAAGAGAUUUUCUAAAGGACAUUGAUCUAAUGUGUAGCAAUGCUUUAGAGUACAAACCAAAUAAAGGGCCUGCAGAUCAUUUCCUGAGGCACAAAGCUUGUACUUUGAGUGAUACUGCAUAUUCCAUAGUGAGGAAUGAAAUGGAUGAAGGUUUUGAGCAACGCUGCCAAAAAAUUAAAGAAUCUCGUAAGGAAAGAGAUAAGUCAAAAAGAAAAUGCAAAAUGAAGGAAGACUCUUCAAGUAUCUCAGUAAAGAGGGAGAAUGUUCAGUUUGUAUCCUCCCAGGACAGUCCUAUGGAAGAAGAUGAAAAUGUACUUCAAGGACAACAUAAAAAUGGGACAGAAAAUGAAAGUGAGAGAGUGACCCUUGUGGCUGAAUCCUCUGCUGAAGAACAGAGUGUCAUGCUUCCUGAAUGUUCAGACCUAAGAGAGGAGAGUGAAAUGCCAGAUUGCCAAGUAACCAGAACUGCUGAAGAUGCAGGUUCGAGUGAUUCACAAGUACAUCAUACAACUUGUGUGGGACAUUCUCAGGUGGAUGAGCAACUGCAAGUAUAUGAUGGCGAAGGAAAGAAAAUUCAAACACAGGGAGUGUCUGUGGAUUACUCUGAGCUCAGAAAAGUUCUGGAUUUGGUCAUUGUGGCAACUGAGAAUGUCAGUAUAUCUCGCAUGGAAAGACUAUAUGCUCUUCUUAGCCAGUGCAUUUACCGACAUCGGGAAGACGAUGACAAAACUGAGUUAGUGAAGGCAAUGAAGAAAGAAAUUGCAACGUUAAGUUAUCUGUGA